AUGAGAGUUCUUGGGUUGCUUCUGUUGGCAAUUUUGUGGGUUCUUGUGAGCCUUGAAGGGACAGUAUCGCAUGGUGAUCAUCCAUUUUCGAAAAUCGCGAUACAUAGGAUAUUAUUUGUUAUCAAUGACCUUGCCUAUGUUAAGGCCUCCCCACCAGUUCUUGGAUUGAAGGGGCAAAGUUCGGAUUGGGUGACUUUAGAGUAUGGAAUUCCAAACCCAUCAACCGAUGAUUGGAUUGGAGUAUUUUCUCCUGCCAAUUUCAGUGCUUCCACUUGCCCCCCUGAAACUCCAAGAGCUUUUCCACCAUUUUUGUGUACUGCACCAAUUAAGUUUCAAUAUGCAAAUUAUACCAAUCGUAAGUACAAAGACACAGGAAAAGGAUUGUUGAAGCUCCAAUUGGUCAACCAGAGAUCAGACUUUUCUGUUGCUCUAUUUUCUGGUGGAUUAUUAAAUCCAAUGCUGGUAGCGGUGUCAAAUACAAUUGCUUUUGCAAAUCCAUAUGCACCAGUUUACCCACGCUUAGCACAAGGGAAAAUUUGGAACGAAAUGACUGUAACAUGGACAAGUGGAUAUGGAAUCAAUGACGCAGAGCCUUUUGUUGAAUGGGCUUCACAAGGAGGAAGACAGAGACGUUCCCCAGCUGGGACACUGACUUUUGACCGGAAUAGCAUGUGUGGUGCACCAGCGCGGACUGUUGGUUGGCGCGAUCCUGGAUUUAUUCAUACCGUUUUUUUGAAGGAGCUGUGGCCUAAUUCAUUGUAUACCUACAAACUAGGCCACAGAUUGUUCAAUGGUACAUAUAUUUGGAGUCAGACGUACAAAUUUAGGGCAUCUCCUUAUCCUGGUCAAAACUCUGUCCAACGUGUGGUUAUUUUUGGCGAUAUGGGAAAGGGCGAGGCUGAUGGAUCCAAUGAAUAUAAUAAUUUCCAGACUGGCUCCCUUAACACUACCAGACAACUUAUUCAAGACUUGAAGAACAUUGAUAUAGUCUUUCACAUUGGAGAUAUAUGUUAUGCCAAUGGAUAUGUUUCACAGUGGGACCAAUUUACUUCUCAGAUUGAGCCAAUUGCCUCAACUGUACCUUAUAUGAUUGCAAGUGGUAACCAUGAGCGCGAUUGGCCCGGAACUGGAUCGUUCUAUGGGAAAAUGGAUUCAGGAGGAGAAUGUGGUGUGUUGGCAGAGACUAUGUUUUACGUCCCUACUGAGAAUAGAGCAAAGUUCUGGUACUCCACUGACUAUGGCAUGUUCCGCUUUUGCAUAGCUGAUACAGAACAUGAUUGGAGAGAGGGAACAGAGCAAUAUAGGUUCAUUGAGCACUGUCUGGCUUCUGUGGAUAGACAGAAGCAACCAUGGCUGAUCUUCCUUGCACACAGAGUAUUGGGUUAUUCCUCUGAUGCUAACUAUGUUCUAGAAGGAUCAUGUGCAGAACCAAUGGGGAGGAAGAGCCUUCAAAAACUAUGGCAGAAGUACAAGGUCGAUAUAGCCAUGUUCGGUCAUGUACACAAUUAUGAAAGGACAUGCCCAAUUUACCAGAAUAUUUGCACAAAUGAAGAGAAGCAGUAUUAUAAGGGCGCAUUGAAUGGGACAAUACAUGUGGUUGCUGGGGGUGCUGGGGCAACCCUUUCACCAUAUUCUUCCAUACAACCCAAGUGGAGUAUAUUCAGGGAUUUCGACCAUGGAUUCACAAAACUAACUGCAUUUGAUCAUUCAAACCUGUUGUUUGAGUACAAGAAAAGCAGUGAUGGGAAAGUUUACGAUUCGUUCAGAAUAUCCCGGGAUUAUAGAGACAUCUUGGCCUGCACUGUGGAUAGCUGCCCAAGUAUGACCCUAGCAUCUUGA